AUGACCUAUUUAAAGAAGAUAUACAUGCUGAAGCGUGAAAGAGAAGAGGCAAUGUUUAGCUCUCCCAAGACACCUUCGAAAAGGAUUCCAUAUAAAGAUAUGUUUAUACCGUCAAUGCCUUUCGUAACAGAUGUCCAAGACUCUUCCCUAACUACCGACGAUCCAGCCUCGUGUGAUGUAUUUGGAUGCACAGACAAGGACACAGGUUCUGACACAGGCAAAGAAAGCACGUGCAACUUUAUUUGUAAAACCGGAGAGGGGGCAUUUUACGAAGUGUUUGUAAAUCAGAGGGAUGGGCGAGGAGAAGCAAAUCAUCAUUUGGAGGAGCCGGUGAUGCUUUACAAAAGUAGAAAACUCUGUGUGUACGAUACCGACUACACGAUUGUAAAGAAAAGCAAGAAAAGGAUUUCCGGAGAGCUUGAUAGAAAAAACAGAAUGAGGGAGAUAGAGAUGCUGAAGGGAAUCGAGUCGGAAUACGUGGUCAAGUACUAUGACUUCUGGGAGAGCAGGGGAUAUCUAUUUAUAGAGUUAGAGUAUUGUAAUAUUGGGACUCUAAGGGAUUAUAUUCAUGAGGUAUAUUUUCUCAGAAAGUCCAAGUUUUCUCCCGGGAUAACAAAGAAGAUGAUGUACGAGCUAGCAAGCGGAUUGGAAGUGAUUCAUUCAUGUGGAAUAGUGCAUCUCGACCUAAAGCCAGAGAAUAUCCUGAUGAAGAGUGUUAUUUCGAGGGAGAAGUGCCCGGAAAGAUGCCAAUGUAUGUUUCCCACGGAUCCUGGGUCGUUUGUAUUCAAGAUCUCCGACUUCAACAUAAGCAGAUACGAAGGAGAAGACAUAGAUGACGAUGGAGACAAGCGGUAUAUGGCACCGGAGGUGCUGCAGGAUGUAUGUACAAAAGCUAGUGAUAUAUAUAGUCUUGGAUUGAUAUACUUGGAAGUUAUUGCCGAGAUCAUUCUUCCGAAGAGCGGAGACAACUGGAUGAGGCUUCGAAGAAACGACUUUCGAGGAGUCAAACUUGACCGAGUAUGCAAGCUGAUGCUUGACAUGAACUACAAAAAGAGGCUCAAUGCUAAGGAAGUCAUAGAUAUGUUUACUUAG